UAGAGCUUAUACUUGCUCGCUUCUUUCGACAAGCAUUACUUGCUGUAGUAGUUGUCACUGACAUUUCAGCACUAGUAAUUGGUGCCAUUUCACCCAUCCGUGUGCUGACAUCAGUAACCUUCGUAUUUGGAUAUCGUUCAAAAGAUGCAUUCGUAUGUGUCAACUCGGGACCCCUCGGGCCGCUUGUUUUCUUUCGAGGAGGCCCUGUUGUUGGGUUAUGCGCCUGACGGUGGUGUCUUUGUGCCUGCACCGAGUUCGCCGUUGAACACGGCGCCCUUUCCGGCCUCGCAGCUUUGUCUAUGGGCGUCGAAACUACGAAGUGGCGUCUUGCGCUACAACACGCUUGCCUUCGCGGUGAUGCGCAAAUUUGUACACGCGAGUGAGAUUCCGGAUGAAGAUUUACAAGAGAUCUGUGACAGCGCAGUGGAGUCUCUACUUUUAUGUCACGGAUGCGAAGAUGCAUAUUUUCAGGCUGGCUCUUUCUUCGUACUUAAAAACAUAUCUUUGAAGAUAUCGUGGAACUUUGUUCUCAACAAGUAUGAAUGAUCAACAGAAAAAGCGUUGAUUACUCAGGUAUUUAAUGGCGAUGAGCGAACUACUGGGACCACGACUGUCUAAUCGUGGAUUGGAACGGCCGCCCGCUCCACAGUGGCGUGACUAAGACCGCUACAUCUUCAAACAAUAGCUCGAAGAUUUUCGAACAAGGGCAGCAAGGUAAAGAAAAAUCGAAAACGGACGUCGCGUCUGAUAGGCCUUCAUCAACCACCGUUACGUCAGAGGGACAGAAGAUGAACGUGGUGCCAGUGCGUCGUGCGGAUGCUGGCCUGUUCGUCGCGGAGCUGUUUCAUGGACCGACGUUCUGUUUCAAAGACAUCGGACAGCAGUGGAGCAUUCGCUUCCUGUCGUACUUUGCGAAUCGAAAGGGCACACGAAAAAUGGCCAUUGUCUCAACCACCGGGGACACGGGACCCGCAGCGCUGAGAGCAGUUGCUGACGUUGCGCGGGCGUGUGGUAUCUAG